AUGUAUCUGAAGAAAAACUCUUUAACUGCUCUGUUGGCGAUUUGCUGCUGCAUUUGCACAUUUAGUAGUUCGGAAGCAUCAUCCACAUUAUGCUCGCUGGAUAGAAUGAAAGAAUUUGCGAUGGAUGCGUGUGAACAUUUAUUUCGGUUUAAAACAGAAGUUAGAGAACGACGAUCACUCGACUAUGGCUUUCAAAGAAAUCACCAUUAUGUACCAAAACAAUCAUUAAAACACUUUCUUAAUAUUAAACGCAGCUGCUAUCCACUUGGUGGUUACUUGAGAGUGGCCCAAGAACAUUACAACAAAUUGAGUCUCCUGGAUGUGAGUCCACGUUAUAAGCCCAAGAAGAUCGCUCAUAUAAUGCACGAGAAGAAGCUGCGCAACAAACGCGAAGACAAAGAUUUUCACAAAUACAGCAACAACAUUUCCUAUUGCUGUUUCAACAAAUGCGAGGAGGAUUUCUUCUGUUGAUCAUGUCCGCACACAUUUUAUUAAUUAAUUUAAUUAAUUAAUUGAUUAAUUAGUUUAAUUUAGUGAUGCUUACUUAAUAAUUAUAAUAGAAUGAUCGAAUUUAUGUAAAGGAUGCCGUCCAGUUUGAAUUGUAUUUGAGCUUUGUCCAAUAUGUACCUUAUUUGCAUGAAAUAUUUUUCAUUAAUUAUUUUCUAUACAGUUUUUAGAUUUAUCUUAAAUCAUAAUUCUCAAAAUAACAAUUAACAAAUAACAAAUUAAGUCUAACUAACAAUCAUCAGUCAGUAUUAUUAUGCUAAUUCCAUUUGUCAUUUCCCACCAAAACCCCGACACCACCACUUCACAAGAAAAUCAAAACAUUAUAUUUGGAUUAUUUCCAAUUCAUUCAAUAUGUCAUAAGAAUUUUUAUUGCUCAUUUUAAGUCUAAUUAAGUUUAGUUUAAGAUCUCCACACAUAAUAACACACAAAAAUAUGUAAAUGUGGUUUGUUUCUUUAUUUUCUAAUUUAUUUAUAUUUUUAUUUGAAUAUAUUCUGUAAAAAGUGCAUAAAUUAAUUUUAAGAAUAAAAACAAACAUUCCAAAUGAAA